CGCAAAAUAUGGGUGCGCUGCUGUAGUGCGGUUACUUCGGAAAAAAUUGAACCAGUGUAGUUUGAAGUGUUUUUGAACGUGACGUGGACGGAAGAGUGGGUGAAGGGAGAGUGCAGUUCAUAUCGGUUGGAGAUUGUUCGAUUUGUGUUCGUGCGGGUUCAUGGAUAUGUGCAGGUGAGUACGGAUUAUUGUGGGGAUUAUUGUGUUGGGUACAAGGCUGCUGUGGUGCCGGUGAGUGUUGAGUGCGAGGCUGUAGUGGUGCCGGUGUCUGCUGAUUACGGGGUUGUUGAGGUAUCGGUGUGUAAGUGUUCGUGCGUUGUGUUCGUGAAUGUAGAGAUCGCGGCGGGAGCGAGAUGAACUCACGCACACCGAGCCCGACCGGCCAGGAGGCUGCGUUAAGUGCCUUACUACGAAGGGCAGCAGGGAUUCUGACCUUGAACGAUACAGCACUCAAUGGGCGAGGAACCGUUCCUGCUUUUAGCAGACUAAAAGCAAUUGCGUCUGCAGUGUCCAACUGCAAACACACCAACGAGACAACUUGCUCUAUGGUGACGGACGCAGCCAACCUUGAAAGAUGCAGCCACAAAUAAUCGGUUCUUGGUGUCUGUGAAACAGUUGGUAUUGAAGCGGAGGUUGUAUUAGUACCUGUGAUUAUUGGUGGUAGUGAAGGACGAUCGAUCCGUGCAUCUGGGAGCAAUUGAUUGCUAUGUUGCAAGGAUGCCGAAUGGGCCGUGGCGAUUCCGGCAAAGCCAUCCCGAAUCUCCUGUAUUACCGGUGGGACCAAGCUAGCCUUCAUGGCAUCAACAGCAGCUGUGAGGGCUGCCUGAAACCCAACCUGCAUACCCAUGCCCUUGACCGCCUUGCUACGCGGAUUCCCGAUGGCGUUAGUACACCCAAUGCAACUCCAGUGCAGGGAGGCCAUCCGUUUCACUUCGUCGAUGACCGAUACAGGCACCUUAGUGCACGCCAGAUGAUGCCACUGCAGAUGAACGUCGAAGGAGACACAAAUAAAAUCCAAAUAUAUCGCGAACACGGUGGUUCUCGUCAGGAACACGAUGGCAGGGUCACGAGACUACACUUAUGGACACACUAAAACUGGUGUUGAUUAGAGCAAAACCAGAUUACACCAAUAAAACAGCGGAUAAAUGCGGAGCGAUAGCAGUAGACACGCUAUGUCGACAACUGUCAAAGACGGGAAAAAAACUACAAUACAAUUCGGAGAGACGUCUGUCAAACACCAAUAUCACCUGAUACCAAAAGAAUUAGAUAUUGGGGCAGAUGGUAUUUUGGGCAGAGAAUUUUUUGCAAACUAUAGGUGUGUAAUUGAUUAUGAGCAUUGGCUACUCAAUUUUACUCACAAUGGCAUGGCCGUGUGGUCUCGUAGUACAGUCGUCAACUCGUACGACUUAACAACAUGCCCGUCAUGGGUUCAA